AUGUACACGCACAUAUCUAAAGGCAACUUGGAAAAGAGAAACUGGCCAACCACUUUUGCAGUGAAAUCGGGCAGGUACAAGAAAAUAUUUAAAGGCAACUGGGAACAUGGAAACUGGCCAGCCACUUGCGCAGGCAAAUGGGGUAGGUGGGUAGGUAAAUCAUUGUCGAACACAUGUGUACUAAGUACAAGAACACGCAAAUAUCUGAAGCCCAUUGGGAAUGAGGAAACUGGCCAACUACCUGUGUUGUCAAAUAGGGUAGGUGGUUGGGAAAAUCAUGGUUGGACAACUAACUACGUUCUAAGCACAGGUACACAAAAGUUUUUAAAGGCAACGGGGAACAAGAAAACUGGGCAACCCCCUGCAUUGUCAAAUCGAGUAGGUGGCUUUGGAAAUCAUUGUCGGACAACUAACUGUGUACUAAAGACAGGUACACGAAAAUAUUUAAAGGCAACUGGGAACGGGGAAACUGGCCAACCACUUGUACAGUUAAAUCGGGCUGGUGGGUAG